AUGCACAAUUCUCUGAAAUUGCUCGCGUUCCUCUCAACGAUUCCUGGAAAUUCAAUGAUGGCCGAGCAAGUAGGCGUAUUGUCGGAGGGCGCCUAUCACGGAAUUCAAUAUUGUACCGUCUUGCAUGGAACUCUUUUAAGAUAUGAUGGAUUGGAUAAAUGCACGAUUUUUCGCGAAGCGAUAAUCAGCACCGCUCAAUGGACCGACGCUCAAGUCCUCCGAUUCGUCACAACCAUGUCGGAAGUGGUUGACUCGACCUUCACAAUCACCGGCAACACAAUCACGCAUCUCGAGUUCACGCUGCUCGACACACUGAUGGCCUCGACGAUACACUUUGAAAAUUUGACGAAUUUGGAGCUCGUCCAUUUUCCGAAAUACUCGCCGGAAAAAUUUGAAGCCACUGAGCUGAGCACGAAAAACACGCCGAAGCUCACCGAGGACAGUUAUCGCAAUAUGCGGCAAAUUUGCGAUGGCUGCGAGUAUGAAGGGCAUCGUGACGUCUACAAAUCCGAAGAUGAAGUAAUUCUGGAGACGACGACGAUUGCGAAAAUCCCAACGAUGAAAAUUGUUGAAUCGACGACGACAAUUGAAGAAAUCACGACGACAUCAUCAUCAUCGAAUGAUAGUUUGGUGACGGAAAGCAUUGAAAAUGAGGGAUAUGUUGAUCCGUUUGCGUCAGAAGCCUCGAGAUUCCCGACAAUUCUCGCAUUUUCACUCAUCACUCAUUAUUUAUUCCUUUUUUGA